GAAUUUCCACUUUCUUCUCCUUUUCAAAUACGCCAACCAGCUGAAAAUCAUACGAAAGCCGGCAGCACAUCUCAACCUACGAUCAACCAUCGCAAAAGAUUCUCAGAUCAAUUUCUCGUUAGACUCUUCUACUCGCAAGAUGCCUUCAAUCAAAGAGCUGAACCAAUCAAACGGCCCAUUCUGGGACUUUACCUCCGGUCUGGAAGAUAGCCGGAAUCACCCACCAUUUGCGUUCGGCGGACCUGGAAUGCCUCCAUAUACAAUGGACGCCUUUCACAUGCGCCGAGGAGCCUCUGCAGAAGAGGAUAUGCCCCCAACCGAUGAACGUUUUGAAGACAGCCCUGCUCAUCGGGAAAGCCACCCGAGUGCUGAUAGAUUUGGCCCGGGCCCCGAUUAUGGUUUUGCAGGCUUUGGAGAGUUGCCUUUCCGCAAUGGACCGCCACACUUUGAAGGUCUUGGUCACCAUCGUGGAGGCCACGGCCCAGCCGGGCGCGGCGGCAUGUCUUUUGGUGGCCGGCGCGGGGGCUUUGGUGGGCCUUGUGCCCGGGGUGGUAUGGGUCGCGGCGGUGGCUUUGGUGCUCGUGGCGGACUCCGUCACCAAGGGCCUCGAGGCGGGUUGCAUCCCUUCAUUGAUCCACGCGCACGCCUAUUCGAAUCACCCUUUGGUGGACGGGCAAUUGAUGGCCAGGAAUUCCGUCUUGCCGUGGAUGUCUUUGAUACUGAUCCCUCCUACGUUAUUUAUGCCUAUGUUCCUGGGGCACGUAAGGAGGACAUCAGUGUGACCUGGGAUGUAGAUGACAGCGAAUUGUCAAUCAGUGGAGUUGUCCACCGCCUCGGCGAUGAGGAAUUUUUGAAGUCUCUCGUCCUAAGCGAGACGCAGAUUGGAGCUUUCGAUCGGAAAAUUAAGCUGGGAACUCGCGCUGAGCCCGCUCUAAUUGAGCAAGACGCCAUUACAGCAAAGCUCGAAGAUGGCAUUCUUCGCAUCAACGUACCAAAGCAAGAGAAGGAAUACAUUGAAGUGAAGAAGGUGGAUAUCGAAUAGGGAACAUUUUGCAUUCGGGAAAGAGAAGUGAGCAGAUGGAGGACAUGAGCAGGUCUAGGAAAAUGAAAAAAAAACGGAGAUUGCGUACUUGAAGGGCAAACAAGAGGCGCUUGGUGUUGGAGGUAGCAAGGUACAAAAGAAUUAGCAAGAUUAAGAGCUUGGAGUCUAUGGAAGGUUAAUGAAUAAUUUGCGAUUUGGGACAAA